AUGUCGCGGUGCCAGGCUGUAGCGAGGCCAUUGGCACGGCAAUUGCGCCCACAAUGCGCAAUCAGGCCCUUCACAACGGGUGCUGCCCGCGCCUCUGCUGCUGCUGAAACCUCUUCGGCGGCAGCAGCACAGCCCAGCCCUCUGGACCUCGAUCCCAACAGCGUCCUGCCGGAAUUCGAAAGCGACCUCAUCAAGGCGGGCAAAAUGCCCAUCGGGUCCCGGAGACGAAGAGUCGCCAUGCGCACCACCGCCAGCCUCCCCUUUGAGCAGCUGCCGUACCAGGCCUUUCAGGAAGCGCGAGCCAUUCUUGCGGCGGACCGACAAGAAAAGGUAGCCAAGAUCCAGGAGGAGCUGGAGAAGAUUUCGCUGCUGGAGAAGAAGGACGCGGCGCUGGUCAAGGGCGGACAGGCAAUGAAGGAUACGAAGCUGGCUAGUUUGAGGCGCUAUGUCGAGCAGCUCAAGAUCCAGGCGGAUAUCAACGACCCGCUGGUCAAGAAGCGCUUUGAAGAUGGACUAGGAGACAUGGACAAGCCCAUCUACCGGCACUACGCCGAGCGCAAAUGGCGCUCCUACGACUACCGCCUCAUCACGCAGCGCAUCAAGCAGUUCAACAUUGUCCCCGACGUCCUCCCCAAGCUCGACCCCGUGGCCGACGUCCAGCUCUACUUCCGCCAAUCCAAGAUCCCGCCCGGCGAGAUUGUCGACUCCCUCGUCAGCGAGAACCCGCCGCGGCUGCGCGUCCAAGUCUUCGACAAGGGCCCGCGGCUCGUCUCCCUCGUCGUGCUCGACUCGGACGUGCCCGACGUCGAAAAGGACGCCUUCUCCAAGCGCUGCCACUUCCUCGCGGCAAACAUCUCGCUCAGCCCCAGCGACACGUCUCUGCCGCUGAGCAGGAUCCGCGCCGCCGACCAGCUCGCCGUGCCGUGGCUGCCGCCCACUGCGCAAAAGGGCAGCCCUUACCACCGCCUGAGCAUCUACCUCCUCGAGCAAAAGCCCGACACCAAGCUCGACGUUGCACAGCUCAAGGAGCUCUACGCCUCGCGCGACGGCUUCUCGCUAAAGUCGUUCCGCGACAAGUUCAGCCUCACGCCCGUGGGCUUCAACAUGUUCCGCAGCGUCUGGGACGACAACACCGCCGGCGUCAUGGCGCGCCACGGCGUGGCCGGCGCAGACGUCGAGUUCAGGCCGACGCGCGUGCACAGCUUGAAGCCGCCCGUCAAGCCGCGCGGCUGGGAGGCCAAGAGACAGGGCCCUGCGUAUAGGCAUUUGUGGAAGUACACGAAGCGCAUCAAGGGAUUGUCCAAUGCCCGGGGAUGGACCAAGAGGAGGUGAAAUUGGUCAUGGAGAUGGGAAGAGCAAAAUAGAAGUUCAUGACAUCUGUACGAUAUUCUUGUUAUGUGUAUAAAAAAGGGAGUGGCUGUAGAUGGGCUAGUGAAGGUACCGCAUGUACUUGCAAGAGGGAAUAAAAUAACAAAAUAUUACAUCUCAAUAAUCAAAAUAAGUAAAGUUGAGUAAAAAUGUUCUCACAGGUACAGACUUGGGACGGAAAAUUGAAUAAUGGCAGAGUUGAAUCUGCCUCUCAAGGUAUAUAAAUUUCAUCUAUCAGCUCUUGUUUGUACUUUCAGAGUCAAAACUGUCUAUAUUAUCAAAAUCAAAACUAUUAAUACUCAGAGUCAAAGCUGUCUGUACUUUCAGAAUCAAAACGGUCUAUAUUUUCAAAAUCAAAACUAUUAAUACUCAGAGUCAAAGCUGUCUGUAAUUUCAGAGUCAAAGCCAAGACACAGGUUUGCAUUUCUUUGUUGUUAAUUUUUUUUCCCCUUCUUUUAAUAUUUGUAUGUGCGGCCAUCCAUCAUAUACUAGGUCAACCACCUCCUUUCCAUUGCAAGUAGGUACAUGCGCAAACGCCUAGCUCAUUCUUUCCCAAUCCUCCGUGAUGAUAUUUUGUACCCAUCGCCAUCCUUCCAUUACUCCCAGCCCUCUUACUCCUUACGAGGGGCAAAAUAAAUAAAAUAAAAAAAAUAAAAUAAAAAGCACUACGGUACAGCCGUGAGAUGCUGAUUUUCCUCGUCGGAAAAUGCCAUCCUGUCCCGUUCGAUCCGCCACAGAAAUCCAUUGACGCUAAACUAGCUCCUGGCCGCAAAGAUCUCCUAUCCCAUGUCCUGAUUUUCUUGUCUUGUUGUAUCAUGUCUUGUCUUUUCAUUUCCCUUCACACAAAGUCACCGGUCAGUAGCUCGUCAGGCAUGUAGUCGAGAUUGAUAUCCCCUUCAGGCCUCGGUAGCGGCGGCUCCUGAUGGGACCGGUGAGACUCUGCCGGCGAGGGCAGCGUGCUGGAUCCAGAUGCGGCUGCAUAGUAGAUGAUGGUCAGCACAAGGGUUUGGGCAUUACGAAUAUCUACCCCCAUAUCGUAGGUUAAGCUCACCAUUCC